GGUCUUGUAAAUUAAGCCCGCCUUCAGGAAAAAGUUGGCCAAUCACCGUCCAGGGCAAGAACUUCCGCCACACGGACGGAGCAUGUUCCAUUGUACCGAGCAGUUCUAAGAGUGUCGCAGUUUUGGAGGUGACAACUGUUAGAUUUCCGUUAAAGUUGCUUUGAUUGUGGUAACCAGCUGUCGCUACUUAGUGAAGAAAUCAGAUGAGGGCGUUGACGACAGAGUAACGGGCGACUGCAGGGACAGAGUGCGGUGGUUCUCACCGAAGGAAUUCCAUCCAGCCUCAGCGGCGGCUCUUCCACCUUCUUCCGCCGGUUAGCACCGUAGCUAAUCAGCGCUAGCCACGAUUUGUUUCAACUCCCGUGAAUCCGAUGUGUGGAAUGUUUUUAACCCGGAGGCAUCUCAGUUCGAGUCGGUCAGAAACACAGACGACGAAGGCUGUUAGCUCCGGGAUUAGCCGCUAAGCCGAGUUAGCUACUUGGCUAGCCAACUGUCGAGUCGCCUUGUAUAGAAACAAACAUAAAAAAACAGCACAACGUAUAGUCGGAUACAAACGUUGUUCUGGUUAAUAUUUAUUGCUUGGACUUGAAUUUUACCGCAACCGCGCAGAAUGAAUGGGUUCAGCACAGAAGAGGACAGCCACGACGGCCCGCCGGCUCCUCCGUUUUACGGCCAGAGCUGCUGUCUGAUCGAGGACGGGGAGCGCUGCGGCCGCUCGGCUGGGAACGCCUCCUUCAGCAAGAGAAUUCAGAAGAGCAUAUCGCAGAAGAAGCUGAAACUGGACAUCGACAAGAGUGUGCGGCAUCUCUACAUCUGUGACUUUCACAAGAACUUCAUCCAGAGCGUCCGCAACAAGAGAAAGAGGAAGACGAGUGAUGAUGGAGGGGAAUCCCCAGACCACGAUGUGGAAGUGCCUGAGGUGGAUCUGUUCCAGCUGCAGGUGAACACGCUGAGACGCUACAAGCGACACUACAAGCUGCAGACCAGACCUGGUCUCAACAAGGCCCAGCUGGCAGAGACCGUGAGUCGUCACUUCAGGAAUAUACCUGUGAACGAGAAGGAGACGCUCACCUACUUCAUCUACAUGGUGAAGAGCAGCAAGAGCCGCCUGGACCAGAAGGCCGACGGAGGCAAACCGCUGGACUAAGCUUCCCUCUGCCGUUACCCCAGCAACAGCUCCACACCAAACCUGGACACCACUAUCAGCAGCAGCUCCCCUUCCCACUGUCGGACCAGAACCUUUGCCGUCCUCUCAGGACGUUAAACAGAACUGGAGGAGACGUGGAGGAAGGAGGAGUUUGCUUUCUCGCCGUCACUGACCUCUCCAUAAAGUCUGUGGAGAAGCAGGGCUCACUGCGGAGAUUUACGUCGUAAUACUGUAAAAAAACAAAACAAAAAAAACAAUACAGCAUCUGAUCUGAAAUAACUCAGCUGAAUGAAAUGUACAAUAUUGCUGCCUUAAGAGUUUAAAAAAAAGGAGAAAUGAAAAACA